CGCCAUGGACGGCCGAGCUGAGCCCCUGAGCCUGCUGACGCGCUGGUACAUCUACGCCCUGCACGGCUACUUCUGCGAGGUGAUGUUCACGGCCGCCUGGACCUUCGCGGCCGAGCAGGACUGGAAGUUCCAGGGGGUCACCAGCGUCUGGGCCUUGUUCAUCUACGGCACGGCCGGCCUGGUGCAGGAGCGCAUGUACCUGCGGCUCCUGCCGAAGCGCUGCCUCUGCUACACGCUCUGGAUCUACCUCUGGGAGUUCAGCACUGGGUACUUCCUGCGCACCUUCCAGGCCUGCCCCUGGGACUACAGCCACUUCCGCUACCACCUGCUGGGGCUGGUGACGCUGGAGUAUGCCGCCUUCUGGGCCCUGGGCGCCCUGCUGCUGGAGAUGAUCAUCAGGAAAACCCUGCAGCUGCGGCUCGAGGGGCCCAGCGCCUCGUCCCCCAUGGCCUGCUUCCAGCCCCGCAAGCAGGCCUGAGCACAGGGGAGGCUGCGCCGGCCGCCCCGUUCGGGCCCUGCUGCU